AUGCCACUUGGUGCUGAGGACGUUGCGCAUGGUGCGGCACUUAUUGAUCAUGUUCCAUCGGGUAUGCGACUUCUGCCAUCGGAGUUCUCUACGAAACUCUGCGAGACGCCGUUAGACGUUUUCGAGAAACUGAGUCCUGUCAUAGAAUGCCCGGUUCUGGGGGACCUGGGAACAGAACUACAGGAUGACCGUUUUUUGACUUCAAAAAAGAUAUUUCUUUCUUCUAAGACUAUCCAGUGUGCUUCGUCGUCAAUGCAAAGAGUUAGAAGGACGAAGGGAAUAAAAUGCAGAGGCGUAAUAACGGUGAUGGCUGCAGUAAGCAGAUCGUCCCGAGUAAGAAAGAAGGCCCCAUGCAUGCCUAAGACACCAGAAGAGGCGAGAGUCGUUGUUUGGAAAACGAGCGGUGAAGCUCUGGGCGAGGCGAAAGCCAAGUUGGCCAUGCUGGUCAAAGCGACCCAGGCAUCUGCGACCACCCCUGAGCAGAGGUCCUGCGCCGGGAGGAAAGUCGGAUUCGCCUUCCAAGAUGCCAAAAUGAGAGUCCACCAUUGUAGCUUGGUACAAUUCGGCCACGACCACGGGAUGGACGUCGCAUUCACUGAUGUCGAGACUGCGAGGAAAGUCGUCACCGAGGAAUUAUCUAAGGUCGUCAACAGUGUCGUCAAAGACAACGAACAACUUUUUAAACAAUGCUUGGCCUAA